AUGCCGCUAAUGGAGUUCGCAUACAAUAAUAGCUACCAUGUGAGUAUCGGAAUGGCUCCGUAUGAGGCUCUGUAUGGGAGAAAAUGCCAAUCUCCGCUAUGCUGGUAUGAAGUUGGAGAGAAAAGUUUAUUGGGGCCUGAGAUGACAGCUAAAAAACUACGGAACAACUUAAGAAAAUCAGAGAUAGGAUGCUCACUACUCAGAGCCGUCAGAAGAGUUACGCCGAUCAGAGGAGUAGGUAGAGCGAUUAAGACGAAGAAGCUGAAUCCUCGAUACAUCGGUUCGUUUCAGAUUCUUGAGAGGGUUGGACCGAUGGCGUAUCGGAUAGCUUUACCACCUCACCUUUCGAACCUGCACAACGUAUUUCACGUGUCACAGCUUCGGAAGUAUACUCCCGAUGCUAGUCAUGUGUUGGAACCUGAAUUGGUUCAGUUAAAGGAAGACUUGACUCUGCCGGUGACUCCGAUCAGAAUUGAUGACACAAGCAUUAAAUGGUUGCGUCGAAAAGAGGUUUCAUUAGUGAAAAUGGCAUGGAGUCGGACCGGUAUUGAGGAACACACUUGGGAACUUGAGUCAGAGAUGCGAACAGACUACCCACACCUAUUCUCAGGUAACUGA